AUGGCACUGAUGAUCGAGAAGCUAGCACCACCAUCGAAACGCUCCAUGACGAAGUUUACUCAACACUGUACUGGCAACUGCGGCCAAUUUUGGCCGAAAACCUGGUUCUGGUCGCGAUCGAGCUUCAUCCACUGGCGAUUGGUGAGCCGGCACUGGCCGCUGGCCCCAUUCCAGCUACCCAAGACCACCAUGGCUUACGCGCUUGUCAACACCAAGCUGUCCGCUCUCCGUGAUAUUGGCAACUAG